AUGCAACAGCUCGGCAAGCUGAUGGCGGCCAAGACACAGAUGGUGCUGCUGACGGCCACACUGCCACCCGGUGAGGAGGAGAAGCUGUGGUCCCGCAUGCACUGCACCCGAGCGGACAUAUCAUUGUUCCGGGCGCGGACAUGCCGUCCAAAUGUGGCAUACCGAGUGUGGCAACCCAUCAUUGAAGGGUCAGAGUACGGUGGGCUCAACCGAUGGUUUCAAGCACCCAGCGUGGUCAGGUUCAUCCAGGACCGCAUGAGAUGGACGGGAGAAGGUCAACACCAGGUCAUCGUGGCGACAAGUGCACUGGGCAUGGGAAUCGACAUCCCCAACAUCCGCAGCAUCAUCCACGUCGGACGGCCGCGAUCAUUGCUGGAUUAUGGACAGGAGAGCGGGCGUGCAGGGUGUGAUGGACAGACCAGUGAAGCCAUCAUCAUUGAGCCCGAGGGUAUCAGUGCAGCAAUGAUAUGGUCAAGAAAGGAUGCACCAUCACUGCUGGACCAGAAGCUGGUUGAGCGGUACAUGCAGGCAGGGGGUGAGGGGGGUGAUGAACCGAUGGCUCGAUGUCGACGGGUGGUGCUGGACCGGUACCUGGACGGGGAAGUGGAGGGUUACAUGAGACGGCACUGCGGUGAUCGACACACAGGGGAGUCCCAGUGUGACGGGUGCGAUGCCGAGUGGGAGGCCAGGGAGGCCGUGUUCACCCCCAGCCCAGGUGGCACGCCCACGCCCACACCCAGUCCAGGCUACAGUUCAAGAGCAACAGCCAAGGAUGACUCCAGCGAGGAUGAAACCAGCCAGGAGUCAGAGAUGGAGAGCCAGCAGGGUGAAACCCACAUCAGAUUCAACGGCACAUGCAGUCCCAGAAUGGCCAGAAGUGUGAGCAAGAGCACAGACGACAACAUAAAUGAAAGCAUCACCAAGAAUGAAGCUUCAACUUCAGGCGGGAGCAGCCCGGGUCAAUGGAACAAGCAAGAGUCAAGUGAAAUCAGUGAAGACACCAGGGGCAUCCCAUCAACAACCAGACAGACAUUCCACAAGCAGGAUGUCCGUCGAGGCCGGUUCAUCAUCACACACCAGCAGCGAGGGCAGAGGGCAUUGAUGGAUGAGGAGGUUUUAGUGGAAGAGGCGCAGAGGUGGAAGGAUCAGUGUUUGAUAUGUGCAAGUGGCAAGCGGGAGUUUGACCAUGAGCUGUACCAGUGUCCCCACGAGGAGAGCCAGGAGGCAAAGAGAUGGAUGAUGACAGUGCGGAGCAAGAUCAAAUACACACGGUAUUCCGGGUGCUUCCGCUGCGGGAUGCCGCAGUCCAUAUGCAACAGCUGGAAGACACAGAGACAGUGUCCGUACAGGGGAUUUUUGAUCCCGACGGUGGCAAUGAUGAUGUAUGGGUGUCAUGCAGGGCAGAUGAAGCAGGCGUGGAGACAGCGGCUGAGAGAGUUCAAUGUGGAUGCAGAUGAUCAGGAGGCGGUGAUUGAAUUUUUGGGACAGAAGGUUGAGGGGCAGGGCAUCGAGCACAACCGGCUGGUGGAGAUGUUUUGUUGGCUGCGAGGAAUAUAUCAGGAGGCAGAGAGGGGGAAGAUGGAGUCAGAGGGUACAGAGGUCAAGUGA